AUGUCAAGUGCUGUAAGGGACUUCCUCAAGAAAGUAAUCUUGUUUGAUGAAGACAGCUAUAACAAGACACUUUCGGUCCUCAAGACUCUUUUAGAAUGUAUGUGCUGUUGUCGUUGUUGUCUUCGUUUCUUGGGUUGCAGUAAUCUUAAACUUUAUGCUUUUCAGGAGAAGGAUCUAUUAGCAAUAUAUAAGGAUUUGAUUGAAACUACACUUUCGACACCAUUAGUGACGUCUGACAGCCUAUGUGUUGCCUGUCUUGGAUCCCUUCAACAUGCAGAGGAAUAUAUUGAAGAAUCAUACAAGGCACUGAUAGCAGAGUCAUAUCAAGUGGACAAUAUCGCCUUAAGCUGCACUUUGCCUGUCAGUACACUUAUUCGUAAUCACUUGUUAAAAAUAUAUUUGGAGGAUACCGGACAUAACUAUGUGGGGUUGGCAGAAGAAGGCUUUAUUAAAGAUCCAAAAAACAUCUUCAAGUAUUUACUUGGUGAAUACAUUGAGAAACAGAACAAGUUUAUGGUAGAAAAUGACGCUGGAUUACGUAUGACGGUGGUGAUAGAGCAUGAAAACUCAUCUCAGGAACAUAUGAUAUUGGCCCAAUUAGAAAAACCAUUGUUGAAAAUUAAGACAGUUCGGCAAAAGAGAAGAAGAGUGACAGUGGGGGAUUCAAGGCAAUGUAUCCAUUACGCAUUAAAAAAGCUUGAUACAGAAGAAGUCAGAAAACUUACUUCUAUUCCUCCUGGAACAGUAACUGAACGUGCCAAGAUCACGUCGGUGGUACUCAUGAAUGCACCCACAUAUGUAGCCGGUCGAUACCUAAAGUUUUCUAGAGAGUACAGUCAAACACCUUGGAACGUGCGAGGAGCUAAGUUGGCAGAGAACUCUGUCUCAGAUUGCUUUGAGCUUAUCAAAAAGUAUCACAAGGCGGAUGAUGCUAAAUUUGGAAGUGCAGGACGCGAAGAUGCCAAUGUUCGCAUGUUGGGAACAGGAAGACCCUUUUAUUUAGAAUUAGUUAACCCCAGAAUACCACGCCUGUCGGAUGAAGAAUAUAAGAAACUCGAGGAUGAAAUCAAUCAGUCACCUGUGCAUAAAGAUGCGGUCCAAGUCAGGCAUUUGACAUGUAUUGAUCCCAAGUAUUUGAGUAUCAUCAAGGAAGGAGAAGAAAAGAAGACAAAGAGAUACAGAGCACUCGUUUGGCUUUCUGAACCACUCACAGAUGAAUUGAUCAACAAGAUUAAUGAAUCCUGUAGUAAAGAAUGUGCAAUUAUACAGAAAACGCCCAUACGGGUGUUCCAGAGACGAGCUGCGAUUGACCGUCCAAAGACGAUUUACUCUGCCAGUAUCUCUAGAUUAAAUGAUAAACCAGAAGAAGCACAUUUUGGUGUAUUUGAAAUGCAUGCACAGGCUGGUACAUAUAUCAAAGAAUUUGUUCAUGGUGACUUGGGUAGAACAACACCAAACUUGGCUACCAUCGCUGGUGUUCAUUCAGCUGACUUAUUAGAGUUGGAUGUUAUGGAUGUAGACUUGGUCUGGCCACCAACACAAGCCAAAAAAGAAUGA